AGAAGCCUUAGAAUUAGAUUACCCUACUAGUUUUUUAACUUGAAAUAUCCACAUCAUCCCCUCAAUCGUCGCAAUUCUCCCUCGCACAAGGGGACCAUUUUUUUUAGUUGAAAAGAAAAGAACCUUUUUCCCUUGUAUUUGUUGUUACGCCCCUGGUGUACCACAGACAAUGGCAGAUGACAGACAGCCGCUGGUCCCUGACGAUGACCUGCCGUACUCCCCCCCUCCCCCUGACCUCAACUCCAGCCUACAGGACGGGUCAGAAGAUGGCGGGGGUGAUGACGCCACGCAGGUCAACUUUGAAAUCGCUCCCGGCCAGGUUCACAUUCCCUCAACAGCAAGCUCAGGUUUCAGUUUUCGGAAGCUCUGGGCUUUCACCGGCCCUGGUUGGCUGAUGAGUAUUGCCUACCUCGACCCAGGAAAUAUAGAGUCAGAUCUAACGGCAGGGGCUGUGGCCAAAUACAAGCUGCUGUGGGUGCUGAUGUGGUCCACAGUGAUGGGACUCAUACUGCAGCUGCUGGCAGCCAGGCUGGGAUGUGUCACUGGGCUGCACCUGGCGCAGGUGUGUCGACAGAACUACCCGCGCGGCCCGCGCCUGGCCCUGUGGAUCAUGAUGGAGAUCGCCAUCAUCGGCAGUGACAUCCAGGAGGUGGUGGGGUCAGCCAUCGCCAUGAACCUGCUGUCUGCUGGCAAAAUCCCUAUCUGGGCUGGAGUCAUCCUAACAGGAGCAGACACGUUUACAUUUCUCUUCUUAGAAAACUAUGGUCUUCGGAAACUUGAGGGUUUGUUCUGUAGUCUCAUCACCAUUAUGGCCUUUUCCUUUGGAUAUAUGUAUUGUACCAUCAGACCCGACCAGGGACAGAUCCUGCAGGGCAUGUGGUUUCCAUGGUGCCAGAAUUGUAACAAAGAGGCUAUCCAACAGGCUGUGGGGAUAGUCGGAGCGAUCAUCAUGCCACACAACAUCUACCUGCACUCAGCACUGGUCCUGUCCAGAGAUAUUGACAGGAAAGACAAAAACAAGAUCAAAGAAGCCAACAUGUACAAUGCUAUUGAGUCAGCCAUCGCCUUGUUUGUGUCUUUCCUGAUCAACCUGUUUGUGACGGCCACAUUUGCCCACGCCUUCUCCGACAGCACCAAAUAUCAAAACCCCAGCCUAAGUGCUGCAGGAAAAUGGAUCUUUGAGAAAUAUGGUCUGGCUAUGAAGAUCAUCUGGGGAAUAGGCAUCCUGGCAGCUGGACAGAGCUCCACUAUGACGGGGACAUAUGCUGGGCAGUUUGUAAUGGAGGGUUUUCUGGACAUCCACUGGGCGAAAUGGAAGAGAGUUCUGCUCACGCGCUCUAUCGCCAUGGGCCCGACGAUCGUGGUUGCUCUGUUCGCCCAUCGUGACCUGGACAUGUUGAACAACUGGCUGAACGUUCUGAUGAGCAUCCAGCUGCCAUUCGCUCUCAUUCCCAUCCUGCACUUCACCUCCAGUGAGAGCAUCAUGGGAGAAUUUAAGAACAGCAGGUUUACAAAGAUACUGGUAUGGUGUUUAGCCACUGUAAUUAUUGGUGUCAACUUCUACCUCGGCUUCACCUAUGUGGAUGGAGUGCUACCGAUUUGGGGCUAUGUUUUAGUUGGAUUAGCUGUUCUCAUCUACAUGAUGUUUGUAUUCUACCUGGCUGUUGGCCUCAACAAUUGGAACAGACUCAUUGAAAGGAUACGGGCGUGGCGGUCAGGACAAGGUGUGGAUGUUAUUUCCAGUGGGAUCAACUGACACACAUGUAUCGUCAUGUAGCGCACAAUGUAUUUAUUGCUUGAGAGGCCAGUUUACAGUUUCUCUGCAGUAACAUGUUGGAGUGAAAAUUGUGCUUUUCUGAAAUGAGUGUUUGCCAUAACUGUACUGAAUCAAAGGGAACAAUUCAGGUAAUUUCUAUUGAAAAAUUGUACUGAAUACUAUUAUGACAUCAUGAUAUUAUAUGAUAUAUUUGAAUACAAAAGGAAAGCCUUGAUCAAAACUGUAUGAUCUAUAAAAGACUUUUUGUUUGCAUUGUAGAUAUAAAGGAAGUAAAAGUUGAUUUUAUGAUUUAUGUAAAAAUUAUUAUAAAAACGAGUCAGUUGAUAUUUGCAGCACAACAUCACACUUUGUUAAACUUGAUUGAUGAUUAAAUGUAGUCAUAU